CCGCCAUCAAGUCUUGCCGACUUUUAAAGAGGGGCGGGCGCUUCAACUCUCCAAAUUCCCGAUCUAGAAAAUCUGGGAAUUGUAAUCCAUCCAACUUUUUAAAAAGGGCCAAGGUUGAAAAAAACAGGAUCUCCACAGUAUUAGAAUACACUGGAUUUUGCAAUCGCAAGAGACCGCUCGCCUCCCCUUUCCACCGCAUGGUACUGGUCAAGGCGUUUCACUUUGGAAGCAGCACGCAUGCUUUGGAACAGAAGACGGUUAACGGAUCACAGUCGCAAAAAUCCGGCUGGGAUUUUUAAGGUGCAAAAGUUAUGUUUGUCAUUUUGCUGCCAUGUCUGGAUUUGUGCAGCCCAGAUUUGAGAGCCUGGACUACGUUUUAUAUUAUUUAACUAUAUAAAACUUAAGCUUCUCUUCAUGGUCUUUAGUUACUCAUAACCAUGAACUCCUCCUUGAGGAGGCAGAAAAACUGAAACGUCCUUUGCUGCACAACAAAUACCAUCGUCCUCAGCCCCAAACCAAUGGCGAUGGUAGUCAAGGGCUAUCGUUAAUUUCCCAUCUCCACCACUAUGUGGCGCUAUAUAACACUAAGGCUGUCUCAAAUCCACCCAAUAGAUUCCGGUUUCAAGACACGCCCCUCCCGCUCUAAGCCUCUCUAGGCUCAUACUUUGUAGGCUUUUGGCGCAUGCGUACGUGCACGAAACUGCCGCGACGACUAACCGCUUACGACCACCCAACCAACAUACAGAGGUUUGACGUGGAGAGGGAGCAUGCGCAAAGUCAAAGCAAACGGUGCUCCAGCUCGGGACGAAUGAUGACUUUCUGCGCCUGCGCGCUACCUCGAACAACGGUGGCCGACGAGGUUCUUUCCCGGCUUCUUCCGUGACCGCACAUCACUAAUCCCAACUGCCUCGCAACGAGCUUUUUCCCCAUUGACGCUACCUUCUGCUUUAUGUGACGCUGGGCCGGAGUGCUUCUUCCAUAAGCGAGGUUCUUAUCGGCUUUCGAGACUCCGCUGAUCAGAUCCCAUUGCCGGAUGUCGGAGUCGGGGCACAGCCAACCUGGAUUGUAUGAACGACGCCGUCGCUGGAACCGGGAGAAGGAACUGGGUCACCAAAGCCUGUCUGGACCAGGGCGAGAGCGUGACUAUGUCCCCUGGGACCGGGAUCGAGAUCGAGAUCGAGACCGACGGGAACCAAUGGAUGAACCAGUGGGGACAGUGAUGCAGAAGACACCCAUCAUUCUGGCCAAACCUCCGGCAGAGAGGUCCAAGGUGACUCCAGCCACUACCCCUGUCCCAGCACCUGCUGCUGCUCCUGCCAUGGAAAAGCCCAUUGUGCUGAUGAAGUCCCGAGAGGAAGGCAAAGGCCCUGCUGGAACCACAGAGGUGUCUGCUCAGCCCCCUGCAGCUGUGGCCAAGGUGGAGAAGGAAGGCCAGCGUCCCACCCAGCCGGUCUAUCAGAUCCAGAACCGGGGCAUGGGCUCGACUGCCUCCAGCGGCAUUAUGGACCCUGUAGUUGGCCAGGCAAAGUUGUUAGCCCCGGAGAAGAUGAAACAUAGCAUCAAGCUGGUGGAUGAUCAGAUGAACUGGUGUGACAGCGCUAUCGAGUACCUCCUGGACCAAACAGAUCUGCUUGUAGUUGGGGUAUUAGGACUGCAAGGUACUGGGAAGUCCAUGGUGAUGUCACUGCUAUCAGCCAAUCAACCUGAAGAAGAUCAAAGGACAUAUGUGUUUCGCACUCAGAGCCAAGAAAUCAAAGAACGUGGGGGCAACCAGACUAGUGGAAUCGAUUUCUUUAUUACCCAGGAGCGAAUCAUCUUCCUUGAUACUCAGCCCAUUCUCAGUCCCUCCAUCCUAGAUCACCUGAUCAAUAAUGACCGCAAGCUGCCUCCAGAGUACAAUCUACCCCAUACUUAUGUUGAGAUGCAGUCCCUUCAGAUCGCUGCCUUCCUCUUCACCGUCUGCCAUGUGGUGAUUGUGGUGCAAGACUGGUUUACUGACUUGAGCCUAUACAGGUUCCUCCAGACAGCUGAAAUGGUAAAGCCCUCCACGCCGUCUCCCAGCCACGAGUCCAGCAGCUCUUCUGGCUCCGAUGAGGGGACCGAAUACUAUCCACACAUUGUUUUUCUCCAAAACAAAGCCAAGAGGGAAAACUUCUGCCCUCGGAACCUGAAACAGAUGCAUCUUGUUAUUGACAAGAUUAUGAUGCAUUCACAUCUGAAAUACAAAGGUACCCUUUCCAUGCUCGAAUGUAACAUAUUCCCCGGCCUGCCACAGAGCUACCUGGACACAGAGGUCAACCUGUUCUUACUGCCCUUCAUGGAUUCUGAAACAGAUGAUGUGCUGCCCAGAGCAACCCCGGGAAGCGGCCCUCUCUUCUCCCUCCUUCCUGGAUACAAAGGACACCCCAGCUUCCAGUCUCUCAUGGCCAAGCUUCGGAGCCAGAUGAUGUCCAUGUCCCGGCCUCAGCUCUCCCAUACGAUCCUGACGGAAAAGAACUGGUUCCACUAUGCAGCGCGCAUCUGGGAUGGCGUCAAGAAGUCCUCUGCUCUCUCUGAGUAUAGCCGGCUGCUGGCGUGAGCACAGUGUCUCCAUACUGGAACUGCUGAGAGGCUAUUGCCAUCCCUGAGCUGGAGCAGACCAGGGUAUCUGCCCCAUCACGCCGAGGCCCAGGACGCUAUGUCUCCCGGAGAAGGGAGGUGCAGCUCCUUCGGUGGUCCAGGAAGAUUUAAGAGGAAAAAUGCAGGAUUGGCUUUGCAUCCCUAAAGGACCAUCUUGUUCAAAAUGGAUCUUGUCCCUUGGGGUCUGGCCUAGAUGGAAGAGCUGCUCCUGUACUAAUUCCAGAGCUGCUGGGUCUUGAACAAGGGAGGGUUCAAAUCUGCAAUCUCCUGAUGGGAGGGGGGGGCAUUGAAACUCCUCUGCAUCGCAAUAGCAGGUGAGGCCAAAGAUCAGUGGGGAAUUAGUGUUGUUUGUUUAUUCGCAGGGUUUCCACCCUACUUCAGUGUGUCAUUCAUAAAAGCUUUCGUUUUGCGGGGCAUGUAUCUUGCCUUCUUAUCUCUCUAUUCCAACCUGUGUCCCUUCUGCCUGUUUGGCCCUAUUUUUCCUGGUCCCCUGAUGCAAACUGGACAGACUUCUUUGCACGGAUGGUUAUUCUUGUUUAAUAAACUGUUGAAGUUGCUUCCAUUUUGAUGGAUGUUUUGACACACACAGACACACAAAAAUAAAUCACUGUUGUGUGAUCACCUGCACUUUGCAAGUAUUGGAGGAGUGUCAUUCUAAAGAUGCAGCAGUUUUCACAAUCGUUUUUAUAUGUGAGAUGAGAGGUAUCUAGGAAAGUAUUAUAGCAGGGUCUUCUCAUUUUUUAUUUGCAAUUGGAUUCUUUUCGCCUUCAAUUUUGUCUAGCAAAAUUGGCUCCGGUUUGAACAAUUUAGUCCAAUACAGAUUGAAGAUAAGAUUUGAUUGAAUUAGGGUCUUCAAGUCACUUUCAAAAAUCAGUUUGACUUUGAACAGAUCUUUAAGUCGAUUCAGUUCAGUUUAACUUGAAUCAUCAAUCCAAAAUGGACUUGAUUGAAUGGCUUUGAAUUGAAAUCUAUGGAUCAAAACCUCACCUCCUAUGUUUCUAAUAUAGUGUUUGCUCUCCAGUUUUAGACAGUAUUGUGAGUUUCAUCCAGUAUUGCUUUGCAUCUGAAGAGUGGCAGAAUCCUAAGACAUAACAUGCACAUUCAAAUUUGUCACAGUAUCCAAAUAAAUUGAUGUAAAAGUUUUUUAAAGGGUCUUAUUUUUUGGCAAGGAACUAAUAUUUUUAUUUGUAAUGUUUCUGACUUAGUAUCUUUGGGGUGCCCCAGAAAUUCUUUUUCCAAAAGGCAGCUGGACUUCCUUGGUUUUUUUCCUUUGAAAACAUUUCAUGUCUCAUCCAAGAAGUUCAGAAGGAAGUUUCUUGGAUGAGAAGCGAU